AUGGCCGCCCAAGGCUCUGCAACCAGAGGAGCUGCGCACAGCGAUGCGACCAGUCCUGCAAGUGAUCUUAGCACCGAUGCAUUCCGCGGAGGAAUCAAAGCUGAUCUCCUUGGCGCUCUGUCGGAGAUCAAGGCCUCUGGCUCCUUUGCAUCAUUCCGACCCUUGGUGAGACCGCCGGAUUUCGGCUUGAUCGUUGACGGCGUUGGACCUGUGAGCAUAACCAAUGACCUGCACGAGGCUCAGGCCAAGCAGAUGAUCGCACAGGCUGCACGGGCCCCCUAUGGAAAGGGCAGCGAGACAAUCGUGGAUACCGCAGUCAGAAACACCUGGGAACUGGAUCCCCAGCAAUUCAGAUUCUUGGAUAACAGGUGGCAUAACUAUGUCCAGACAUUAUGUGCCCAGGCUGCUCUGGAUUUGGGUAUCAAUACGACCAUCAGAUGCGAGAUCUACAAGAUGCUCAUCUACGAACAGGGAGCAAUGUUCAAGCCACACACAGACACCGAGAAAAUCCCUGGAAUGUUUGGGACGCUUGUCAUAAGCUUACCAUCGCCUCAUACCGGUGGUGACGUGGUCGUGAAGCAUUGCGGCGAGAAAAAAGUGUUCAAAACAUCGCAGGCUGAACACUCAUUCAUCUGUUGGUAUUCUGAUGUCACGCACGAGGUUCUCCCCGUCACGUCAGGCUAUCGCUGGGUCCUCACCUAUAAUCUGGCCAUUGACACUUCCGUCGUUCCACCCUCAGCUGCGCUGCUACGGUCAAACAUCCAUUCGCUCCGCCACACCCUCCGAAGAUGGCUUCAGGACCAGUCUGCAUCCGAGGAGCAUCAGGCUCUCUACCACGUUCUUGACCACGAGUACACUCAGGCAAAUAUCCGCCUGUCGAGUUUGAAAGCUCGCGAUCUGGCUCAAGUGCGCGCACUGCAGGAGGCGUCGAACAGUGUUCCCUUCGAGAUUUUCCUUGCGCUUUUAGAGAAGGAGGAGAGAGGUAAUGUUGAGCAGGAUUAUUCCUACGACCGAGGCUACGGUCGUCGCCGCUACGGUGGCUACUACGAUGAUGACGAUGAUGAGAAAGAGGAAGAGGAAGACGAGGGCUAUCAUCACAUCACAGACGUCCUUGACCAGCGCUAUACCAUCAAGACCCUGGUUGAUUUCGAGGGCCGGGUAGUUGCGGAGAACAUGUCCUUUGAAGAAGAGGAUCUUCUCGAAGAGGACUGUUUCGACGACAUGGAAGGUGAGGAGGAGUACGAGGGUUUCAUGGGCAACUGGGGGCCAACAGCAACUCAUUGGUAUCGGAUGGCAGCCGUCGUUAUCGUUCCAAAAGUUUCCGUCGUGGAUUUUUUGAACUGUGAUCAACCUUCCCAGCUCUCGCACGCCAAUGUCCAGUCCCUGAUCUCCUAUUGGGCGUACAGGAGCGAACACGCUGCAGCGCCCAAUAAUGACAUUGCCAUGGUAGAGAGGCUCUGUGACAGGGUAUGGAGCCGUUACCUUGAGCCAGACAGGCGAAGAAACGGCUUGCCCAGUUUGACCGGUUUGACCAGUUUGCCCGGCUUGCCCAAUCCGCCGUUUGAUGGAGAAACAGUAGGCAAUGUCCUGAAAGCCGCUCUGCAUCUUCAGCGCUAUGAUCUUUUUGAGCGAAACGCAUCACGCCACUUGGGCCUGCUCCCAACUGCUUUCUAUACUUGGGCGGCAAAUUCUGUCCACGCAUCCAAUAAUGAUGACAAUCACGUUGCUCAAAAAUUUUCGCUUCUUGAAAAAGGGCUAUCGGCAUCGAUCCUCGGCUAUGGAUCGCUGACAACGCAGUUGUUGGCCGUGCACAAUUUCACCUCUGUGGCGCACUCUAUAUUCCCUGGCCCUGCGACCUCCAAAAGUCUCAUGUCUGUAAGCGCUUGGGCUCGCCAAACGUUGAAAGCCUGCUUGGAGGAAAGGCUCCCUAAGCCACUGACGUCCAAGGACGGGGAAGCCUUGUGUGGCAUCCUACUUUAUUUCGAGGACCCUACCGAGUUCUUCUCAAGCUCUGUUACACCGAUAAUAAGAGAGAGGCGUGAUGUGCCGGCGUUUUACCUGGGUUUUCUACGCAGUCUCAAGAAGGACAUGGUCUCGCAACCGAAGCUGUCCGAGAAGGGACCGUCAACGUAUAGAGAUGUGGCUAAACUAUUCCUCUCCUCGGUUGAGUUUCCAGCUCUUAAAGUGCAGCCAAGUGAGCCGGACGACGCCAGAAGGUUUCGCCAGGCCCGUAACGGUGGAGCAGCCGAAUCUGGUGAGCAGACAAUUGUAACUGGCAUUGAAAUAGUCGCAUUCCUUGGCUAUAUUCUCAACCUCGAUUCUGGCGAUUUGAUGGCCUCUUUUGCGUCUAGGUUCGUUGAGCAAGCCUCGAAACUUCCAUCCACGUCGUUCAGUCUGUGGAUCCCCGUCUUUCUCAGUCUCAUUAGAAUGCUCGUCAAACGUGAGAUAUCGCUCGAGACUCCCAUGUACCAGCAGCUGUUCACAAAGUUCUUCCACGCGCUCCUCAACAACUUCGUGAAGCGCCAGCCCUCCAAGGACGCCUCUUUAUCUCGGCCCGGUGUACCAUGCAGAUGCGCCGACUGCACUCAUCUAAACCAGUUCCUCUCCAGCGCUACACAGCGAGUUGGCCGGUUUCCCGUUGCUAAGAAGCGGCGUCAACACCUACACAACCAGAUCGAUCGUCAUCGGAUCGACUGCACCCAUGAGACAGAGCGCGUUGGCAGCCCCCAGACACUCAUCGUGACGAAGGCGAACAAGCAGAAUGAACAGGCGCGACGUAACUGGAAAAUUCGAUUUGAAUGGGCGCACAAGGUGCUGGGCGACAUUGAUCAGGCCCAGCUUCUCCAGCUCCUGGGACAGGAGUACAGUGCCAUCACGCAGAUGAAGCACCUCAUCGUCGACACGGAGCCGCAAUCCACUGCACGGGCGUCUUCGACAUCGCUCGCAGGCACGAAGCGAAAGAACCCCACCGUGAUUGAUUGA